GAGAAUGAAAGAACCGUGGCAGCAAAAAGAGGGGCCAAGAUAGCAGGAAGGACUCACUUUAAGCCUUGAGAAAAGCCGUCAUGACGCUCAUUGAGAUUAUCUUCAUCUUGACCGGGACUUGUGCCGUCCUGGUUUUUGGAGGGAAAUUAGUAUGCCUGCUUAUGAUGCUUGUCCCGAAGCUCUUCUGUCCUCUUCCUGAGACUUUUUUCACCUCUCUGGGGAAAUGGGCAGUGGUCACCGGAGGGUCAGAUGGAAUAGGCAGAGCAUAUGCUGAAGAGCUUUCAAAACUAGGUAUGAGCGUGAUCAUCAUCAGCAGAAACCAAGAGAAGCUUGGCAGAGCAGCAAGGAAGAUCGAGCUCACUACAGGACGGGAAGUCAAAGUAAUAGCUGCUGACUUCACCAAAGAUGAUAGAUAUAGGCACAUUCAAGAAAACAUCGAGGGUUUGGAAAUUGGUAUUUUAGUGAACAAUGUCGGGAUUCUGCCCAGCCAAGUACCCUGCAAGCUACUUGAAACGCCUGACCUGGAAGAAAGAAUACAUGAUGUUAUCAACUGCAAUGUGAAAACCAUGGUUAAGAUGUGCAGAAUUGUGCUACCAGGAAUGCAGCAAAGAGGAAGAGGAGUCAUUCUGAAUGUGUCCUCUGGCAUAGCCAAAAUACCCUGCCCCAUUUACACCCUUUAUGCAGCAUCCAAGGUUUUUGUUGAGAGAUUUUCACAGGGUCUUCAAGCUGAAUAUAAAUCCCAGGGAAUUAUUAUACAGACGGUGGCUUCAUUUGGGGUUUCAACAUCAAUGACAGGACAUCAGAAGCCAGAUAUGGUCACAUUCACACCUGAAGAGUUUGUGAGGAGCUCACUGAAGUAUCUGAAGGCUGGUGACCAAACAUAUGGCAGUGUCACUCAUACUAUACUGGGCGGGAUUGUGCAGUCCAUUCCCACCUGGGUCCUGCAGAGUGAAGCAUUUCAGCAUCAUUUUAGGGAAUAUGUGAAGGAGAGGGUCGGAAGCUGAGAGCUGCAUUCUAUAAGUAUAUGUACAGUAUUGAACAUUUUAUACUUAAACACCAAAAAGUGUGGGUUUGAUUGCACCUAUUAUGACAAUACUUUGUCAAAAAUAUAAGACUGGGAAAGAAAUGGAGAGGAAGAAAAACUGACAUGUCUUUGUAUACCCACGGUACUUCAAAAUACACUAUAUCAGUGUUGAUAACGGAACAUAUUAUCAUUAUUCAUCAUAAUCAUAUCAGUAGACAGGAGAUCGUUGAGCUGUACUGACCUUAAUAACAUUAACUGGAGGUCAGUCUCAGAAAGGCCAAAUGACAGAGUAAGAGAUGUGGCCUUGUUAUUUUUGUCUAUAUUUUGAGAUUAGAAAAUGUUUGGUCUUAUUUAAAGUGCAUUUUAUAAAUAACAUUAUUAUCCACUAAACACUUUGUAACAGAUAUUUGGCGCCACAUAGUGGUUAAAUGCACUUUGAUGUGAUGAUCUUUAAAG